CGUGACCAUCCUGUGUUUUAGUCAGUUUAACGCUUGCACUUAAAAGACAAGCCUUUGACAUUUGCUAACUACAUAAGCACUCUUUACACACUGUUAAUGUCAUCUUGACAAAACCGCUGCUCGCCGCUUCGUAUCGCUGAAAGCGGACCAUGGCGGCUGCCACGAGCAGCAAUACAUCCACAACCACGCUUCAGAUCAAGCAUUCCAACAUCGAGCAUACGCGGAAACGCAUAGACCCUCGGAGGAGACAAGCCGCGCUCUCUUUUCUCAGUAACAUUUCUUUGGAUGGUCGACCCGUGCAAGAUGAUGCCGACAAUCAGACCGAAGAGGAUAAUUCAGUUGAGGCCAGGACUAGACAGAGCCUGGUUACCGCUGCAGAGCGCCCGCUGUACGUGGCUGGCAGUGGCGCUGCGGUAGCGAACCCCACGACGGCCGCCCAGGCGCUUGCUAUUGCGAACCAGGCUCUGAUUGCUAACACCCGAGCCAGUUUUGGGAUUGGUCCCGCCGCUGCAGCUCCAGCAUGUACAGAUCCGGAAGGGGAUGCUUUCGGCCAUUCAAUUUUCAGUUCGCCCUUCUCUGCAGUACCAGCCGCGACUAGAGGCAGGCUUCAGACCUACACUCAGGGAGUUGCGCCUGCUGCCUACUUCAGGCAGGCUUCCCAGGGCUGCUGUCUGGAGGGAGGACAGAUCGCCAACUCGGUACUAGAGCUGCAGAGAUCAAGGUAACUGUAGAUCUCUGCAUCAUGUAACGUUAGUGUUUACAUUCAUGACGUGUGAAGGAGUUUAUACUGACUGUUAUGUAUGUCAAUGUUGCCCAUAUUGGGUAUAGUGUACUGACACAGAAGCCCACACAGGCAAUGUUUACACUGCGCUCUCACAAAUUAGGCAUCAUGUCAUAUGCUACAAUAUUGCAACCCAAUAGUGUCAACAGUACACUACAGGCUACAGUGUUGCAACAGGAAAGUGUUAUCUUGAUUAAGGUCUUUGUUGAGUGAAGCCAAGAAACAUGAUCCACAGACCUGGGCUGGGCUGGGCUGGGCUAGGUUAACGUUUAUCAACAGAGAUAAUUUAAAUAAUAGCACGGGUUCCUCCUGUCACAUUUUGUACUAUGGCUGCUCAAAGGGCAUCAUAAGUCUUAGUCAGUGUACUGCUAAAGACAGGUUAAAUAAAAAUAAAGAGACAAACAGCAAAGACAAAGUGCCCUCAGAUUUGUGAAACUGUAUCUCAUCCAUGAGCAAUUUACACACUUGUGUGCCGAGAUUCAAUAAUACACCAAUCCACAUGCAGUGGCCAAUUGAUUCAAGUGGAAUCAAUGUUGCAUAUCAGCAGGAUUAGGUGGAAAAGGUUAACCAUUGUGGCAUAAUUUAGAUUAGCCUGCCUUAACAGUAUGAUGCAUGAGUCCUUAAAUAACGUAAAACAUGUUAGGGAUUGCACUGAAACCGUAUGAGAGAUCAAACAAGUAAAGGCAUGCCCAGAAGGAAGAAAAGGGUGUCUUUUUCUCCCCCAUACAGAUGCAGUCCCACCAUGACUACUUGCCAGGUAUGGAGAUGUAGGCCUAUAGAUAUGAUCUUAUUUUACAAGAAGGCAACAGCUGGUAAGCUGUGGCCUAGUUCCUUUCACAGACCUCAUCACUUCAGAUGAAUGUUUUCUAUCUUGAGGACUGGUAAUCUACUUGUUACCUAACAUGGCCAAUUAAGUGAGGGCUAACUGACAAUAUAGCCUAUUGGUUUUGCACAGUACAGUAUACAGAGCUAAUGCAGCCCAGGUAGGCCUAUUGUUUAUUCUGGAGCUGAGGGUAUGUGUAUUUUAAAGUUACCCACCACCUGCCGCCUUGCCCUCUCCUAUGCGAUAUAAAUAUCCUGUAAUCCAACACUCCCAAAUACACCGGACCACUGAUGCCUUUUAUUCCAAACCUUUGUUUACUCUGUAGAGUAGACCAGAGCACAGGGAAAUAUGAGUCUCUCUCUCUCUCUCUCUCUCUCUCUCUCUCACCACUGCAGGAGAGCUGUCAGUAACAGUCCUCUCUUUCUCUCACUGUGUCAGAAAAUGCUGUCAGAUACACUACACUCUCAGGCCACUCCACGAUGGAGACACUCCAUGUCUCUUGCCUUGCUUGUCCUGUCCUCUCUAUGGUGUCUUGCAACUGCCAGACUUCACAGGACAACGCAUUCAUGAAGCCAUUGUGAAGCAUUUAGUUCACCUUUUGACUUAAUCGAAGUGACAUUAGCCAGACUGCUCCUGAAAUCUGUCAUGAGCUAAUGCCAUAUCUUAAGAGUGAAAAGUACAUGUAGCGUAAAACAUGCCAUUUGGUAAUGAAUGUGUUAUGAAGAUGUUAUAUGAACAAAUACCUUACAGAUGGUUUGUUAGGUUUUGUAAAAAUAAACUUUCUUAAAAGUGGAAUUUAUUUUUUAUUUAUCAACCCCAACAGUAUUUUAUACAAAGUUUAAUUCAUUAGCUUACUGCAAUAUAUUUCUCUUGAAGGUGUUACGAUGACUAAAGUUUGCAUUGGGGCUUCUCAUUGCAUUAGUUAGCCAUGUAGUGAGCAUGAGAUACAGUACCAUGAUUUAGUAGCUAAACCCCCACAGGUUAUGGAAUGCGGUCGGUCAGAGAAGGAAGCCCAUGUAAACUGAAUUAUAAGCUGUUGAGAAAUAACUAAGCCAACCUGUUGAUAGACUCUGGCCACAUUUUCCACAGACAUAUCAUAGAUGGGAGUCCCACAGUGCCUGGUUUGUUUUCUCAGGGCAGCAGCUUUGUGGAAAUGUGGCCAAGUCCAGAGAACCCUGGCUGGGAAAGGAAAGGCAGGAUGUCCAGGCUUUCAGAGACGCUGCCCGGCCAGGCUCUCCUUUCUCUCGGUUUCUCUCCUCCUCUCUCUGUUUUCUACCCUCCACUCCACAAGGGCACCAGACUAG